ACCUACCGGUAUUGCCAGCGCAGCAGUAGCGGCUCUCGGUUCCUGCCAGCGGGUUCUCUGAGGGCGAGCCGAGGCGGAGAAAGGGCGCGGAACUGGGAGAGGGUGAGUCAGACGCUGUCUAUGCCGUAAAGAGAGCGGCACCUUGGCACACGGCUCCCUUAGGUAAAUGGACUCGUGCGGACGUCUCUCCGGAGAUACCGUUAUCUUUGCGCCAGCGAGAGCCUGGUGAGGAGGAGCCAUAGCCGGGUCCUUGCACCCGUUCUCGCCUUCAGCGCCCCGCCGCCAUCUCCACCAUGCAGUCCCGGGAAGACGCUCCGCGCUCUCGCCGCCUCGCCAGCCCCCGUGGUGGGAAACGGCCCAAGAGGAUUCACAAGCCCUCGGUGUCGGCCUUUUUCACGGGCCCCGAGGAGCUGAAGGACACGGCCCACUCUGCAGCGCUGCUGGCACAGCUCAAGUCCUUCUACGACGCGCGGCUGCUGUGCGAUGUGACCAUCGAGGUGGUGACGCCUGGCAGCGGGCCUGGCACGGGCCGCCUCUUCCCCUGCAACCGUAACGUGCUGGCUGCCGCGUGUCCCUACUUCAAGAGCAUGUUCACCGGCGGCAUGUACGAGAGCCAGCAGGCGAACGUGACCAUGCACGACGUGGAUGCCGAGUCCUUCGAGGUGCUGGUCGAAUACUGCUACACGGGUCGCGUUUCGCUUAGUGAGGCCAACGUGCAGCGCCUUUACGCGGCGUCCGACAUGCUGCAGCUGGAGUACGUGCGGGAGGCCUGUGCCUCCUUCCUGGCCCGCCGCCUUGACCUGGCCAACUGCACCGCCAUCUUCAAGUUCGCCGACGCCUUCGGCCAUCGUAAGCUGCGAUCACAAGCGCAGUCCUUCAUAGCCCACAACUUCAAGCAGCUCAGCCGGAUGGGUUCGAUUCGGGAGGAAACUCUGGCAGAUCUGACCUUGGCCCAGCUACUGGCCGUGCUGCGCCUGGACAGUCUAGACAUCGAGAGUGAGCAAACAGUGUGUCACGUGGCCGUGCAGUGGUUGGAGGCGGCUCCCAAGGAGCGGGGUCCCAGCGCUGCCGAAGUCUUCAAGUGCGUCCGCUGGGCACACUUCAGCGAUGAAGAUCAGGAUUACCUGGAAGGGCUGUUGACCAAACCCAUCGUGAAAAAGUACUGUCUGGACCUGAUUGAAGGGGCCCUGCAGAUGCGAUAUGGUGACAUGCUGUACAAGUCUCUGGUGCCAAAGCCAGAGUGCAGCAGCAGCUCUGUUGUAUCCGCAGCGGAAAAUCCACCCCAGAGGCUGGGUGUGUGUGCCAAGGAAAUGGUGGUUUUCUUUGGACAUCCCAGAGAUCCCUUUCUCUGCUAUGACCCAUACUCAGGGGACAUUUACACAAUGCCCUCACCUUUGACUAGCUUGGCUCACACGAAGACUGUCACCUCCUCAGCAGUCUGUGUCUCUCCCGACCACGACAUCUAUCUCGCUGCCCAGCCCAGGAAAGACCUCUGGGUGUAUAAACCAGCGCAGAACAGUUGGCAGCAGCUGGCAGAUCGCUUGCUGUGCCGCGAGGGCAUGGAUGUGGCAUACCUCAAUGGCUACAUUUACAUCCUGGGUGGGCGAGACCCUAUCACCGGAGUUAAACUGAAGGAAGUGGAAUGCUACAGUGUUCAGAGGAACCAGUGGGCACUGGUGGCUCCUGUACCCCACUCUUUUUAUUCCUUCGAACUAAUAGUGGUUCAGAACUACCUUUACGCUGUGAAUAGUAAGCGCAUGCUCUGCUACGAUCCUAGCCACAAUAUGUGGUUGAACUGUGCUUCUCUUAAACGUAGUGACUUUCAGGAAGCCUGUGUCUUCAAUGAUGAGAUCUAUUGUAUCUGUGACAUCCCGGUCAUGAAGGUCUACAACCCAGCCAGGGGAGAAUGGCGGAGGAUUAGUAAUAUUCCGUUGGACUCAGAGACUCACAACUAUCAGAUUGUCAAUCAUGGCCAAAAGUUGCUCCUCAUCACUUCUACCACUCCGCAAUGGAAAAAGAACCGAGUGACCGUGUAUGAAUAUGAUACUAGGGAAGACUUGUGGAUUAAUAUAGGUACCAUGUUAGGUCUUUUGCAGUUUGACUCUGGCUUUAUUUGCCUCUGUGCUCGUGUUUAUCCUUCUUGCCUUGAACCUGGUCAGAGUUUCAUCACCGAGGAAGAUGAUGCACGGAGUGAGUCUAGUACCGAAUGGGACUUAGAUGGAUUCAGUGAGCUAGACUCUGAGUCGGGAAGUUCAAGUUCUUUUUCCGAUGAUGAAGUCUGGGUGCAGGUAGCGCCUCAACGAAAUGCACAGGAUCAGCAGGGUUCUUUGUAAACAUUUUGGAACACUAAGAUGUUUCUACUGCUAUGGAAUGUAUCUUAAACUGAUACCCUUUCCUUUUCCUGAAAAAAAAAAAAAAUGGUGAUUAGAACAGCAGAUUUGGUUUAGAAAGAGUAAUGUUUGAAUUACUUAUGUAAUGGUACAAAAUUAAAACAGUCCAUGAAAUCAACCUAUAUAAUAAUUUACUGUGCUAAAAGUCAAGAUUAAAAUAUGCAAAAAAUGAACUUUAUCAUUAAUUAGAAUGUUUGGUGGUUUUUUCGUUGUUCAAGUACUUGUUGCACCCGUGGAUUGUUUUGGUUAGUUACACUGUUUAUAUUUUGGUUCUCUAGUCUUCUGUUAACUUUUUAAUUCUAUUUAGUACCAUAAGGAAUUUUACUUUGUCGUGAUAGAAAUUUUGACUAGAAACUGUUGGUAGGGUUUUGAAGGUAUUUAUAUUUUCCUUCAGAAUAAUGGAAAUAGAUGUUCCAAAUCUUAGUUUUUAGUAUUCUAUGUUAUAGUUUGUUAAAAUUUGGUUUAUUUUUCCCUUUUGCAAAGGAAAAGAAUUGAACGUAUAAAGGUUAUUAAAUAGCGAUUUCAUCUUGAUAUAGUGCAGAAUAGUCUUAAGAGCUCACAGAAAGUAAAAAAUCAAGAUUCCAUUGUUUUAAAAGAAAUUUAGCUUCUAAUUUUGGAAUAUAGAAUGUAUAUUUGCUAAAGUGACCAUUUUUCUAUCUCAAAAACAUUCUAGUAGUGUCGCCAGUUAUUUAAACACCCUUCUAAACCAAAAAAUAUAUAGGUAUCUUGAUUCGUAAGUUCAUAUUUUCUUCUGUACCUGAUAUAGGCUUCACUGAAUCAGAGCAACAAUCCUUUUUUUUCACUGGACAUGUGAUUGAGUAAUAUAAAUUUUUAUCCGUUGGUCAUGCCUUGUCUUAAAAAGUUUAUAUGCUUUCAUAAAAUAUUUUGGCUAUAUAGUUUUAGUGUUUGUCUUAGAGUAUUCUUCAGUAGGAAGUGAUUUAUUCUUUACUGUUUUGUGAGGUAAUAUUAGUUUUGAAAAUAUGUAUAAGCUAAAAACAGUAUUUUAUUGAAAUGAGUAGGUAUUGUGUCUAUCAACUAUAAAAUGAGUUGCUAACAGAAAACUUUAAAACUUUAAGCUGUGUAUAGAACUGUUUUGUGUAGCAUUGAAAUAUUCUGUCAGUUUUGUAAGUUACUAUAAAUGAUUAUCAGCUUGAAGGUAUUUUUGUAUUAAAAGUUGACAGUUAAAGAACAUAAGUGGAUGAUGGCAUUUGGGGCCAAUAGUGAAAGUAUAUUUCCUCUAAAAUAUUUCCCUAAGCAGUGGUGUACAUAAUUAUUUUAUUAGGGUAUUCCUGUCUGUUCUGUGUUUCUCUGUGAACCAUGCUCCAGUCUUUGUUUUUUUCGUUUUGUUUUGGGCUUUUUGUUUGUUUGUUUUGUAUCAUCAUAAUGUAAGGGAAAGUCCAGAAAUAGAAACUAAAUUACACAAAUAUGACAUUGUUAAAUGCAAGAACAUUGGUGUUUAACCUUUUGAGGGUUUGUAAAUACAUGAUUGUCGUAAUACCUAUACAUGAUAAAUGGUGUGCAUAUACAGAUGCUUUUGGUCUAUGAAUUUUCCUAGACACACUUAGAAUUAUCUUGAAUCUUCAUUCAACAACAUGCUGAUUCCUCUUCUUUGUUUACUUUCUAGUGACCAAAUGCUAACAUUUCUUAUGCCCUGGCAGAGUACUGAGGAGUGUGCUCUGGGAUGUGGAACUGGAUUUUAAAUGAAAAAGAGAGGGAUGAAAACAAAACAAACACGCACAAAUAAUGUUUUCUCAGCCAUUUGGCCAUUUGAAGAGUCCACAAGACAUUCCUAUUUAACAUUAUUUCUAGUGAAACAAAGCAUGCUUUAGUGGUCAAAGGCUAACUUUUGUUCCAUUUAAUAUCAGGGAUGGUAUUAAGCACUGCUCUUAACAUGAAAAGCUAGCUCUCAAUAGUGGUAUUUUUUGGCCAACUUUUUUUCACCAUUAACUUCUUGUUGAUAGCUUUUUGUUCUGUAAGGUUGAAAUGCUUACCUCAGUGAGAUUAUCCAUCUGCAGAAUUAAGGUAGGCAACCGACUGAUAGAAGACAUUCUCUGAAUUGGCAUUCUCAACCUUUAAGUUAGGUGUAAGCUAAUUAGUAGUAAUAACUUGGUUUACAAAGAGAUUUUCCUGGGAAGGAUUUUGGUUUCCUGAUAUGUUUGCGAAUUAGGGAAUGAUGUUAAUCAUUAUUUCAAAGAUAAGUGAUCUGUACAUGGUUAGUUACAAAUAAAACUGGCACUAGAACCCA